AAGUCGACGCACGGCCGCUAGCUCAUUGUCCGCACCUUGCUUCCCACCCCCACCACCCCUCCCUUGUCAUGGCCAGUUUAAUGAGCGGCGACGCCAUACAUGCUACCCACCGAGCGUGGGACACCGCGAUUGCGCGCAUAUUGGCGCUCUCGGGAACCACGUACAAACAGAACGUCGAGCUCAAUAGCCGCGUCGCCGAGCUUGAGCUCGAGGUCGCGUUCCUGAAGCAGGCGCACGGAACAGUGCUGGAGGCGGCGGAGCGCGAGUCCAAGGCGCAUAAUGUGCAGAUCGCGACCCUCCACCGUCAGCUCUCGAACCAGCACAUAUUCCAGUCCCCCCAAGCAUGCCCCCUCAUCUUCUGCGUCAUAAACGGCGACACGAACACAUUCGCCCCGUCUUUCCUUUCUCGCGGCCAGGAAGGUGGCCGUAUAGUCGCGCAGGAACUCACUAAACGCAUCGCCGAAAAUUUGUCGAGCCAGGACAUUCAUUAUUUCCCGCGCCUCUCCUUCUGGACCUUCCUAUACGUCAAUAAAAGGAACCUUUUGCAGACGGUCUUGGAUCGUGGCAUCUGCUCGCCGGAGCAGCUGGAUGGGUUCUUCCUUGGCUUUUCCCAGUCGUCUCCUCGCUUUUCGGUCAUCGAGACCAGUGACGGCGAGAGCGUCCCGAGGAUCAAUGAGUUCCUCAAGACCUUCUUAUGCCUUCCGCAUACCCUGCGUGUCUUCUUCGGCGCUGGGCGAGACCUGGGGCGCUAUGCCUCGUUGAUCUCGGACCUAGAGCGGGAGCAGCUGCUGGGAAAGAUUACGCUGCUCCGGGGAGCGCAUGACACGGACGCAGACGAUGCCCUGCUUGUGCCCAAGCUCACGACCGACAUAAUGGUCGCCGAGGACGCGUCGCUGGUAAUCAAGCGGCCGAGCCCGCUUGCCGUGAGCGGGUCGCGCCUCAUAUCCAACGGCGGGCUCAUAAGCCCCCAGUCCCCUCCCAAGCAUCCUCAGGGCCGUCUCAUUGACGCGAGCUUGCCUCUACACAAGCAGAACCCACCGCCUUGCAAUGAGCACUACCUCAUGACCUGCACGAAGGGGCCUGGCGUGUGCAAGUAUGGCCACGACUACGUCCUGACACCGGAGCAGCUCGAGUCCCUGGCGGCUAACGCCAAAAAAGCGCCUUGCAACUGGCUCAAAAACGGCGUCCAGUGUCCCUUUGGCGAUAAGUGCUGCUGGGGGCACGUAUGCCCGAACGGGCCCGCUUGUUUCCAUCUUGGCAAGGGAAAGUGCUGGUUCAAGGGAGAGACGAUGCACCCACCUCUUGACCAGAUAACUUCGUAUGCCGCAGCUGGUCCUGGGCCUGGUUCCGCUUGAUGUGACGUUUGCAAUAAGGUCUUUCUCAUCUAUCAAUGUAUAUCUUCACGUCGGACAUCCUAUUGCUAGGAUAUGUACAUACUUAUAGGACGCAUCUAUCGGUGGCAUGGCAAUUGCAUGCUCGCCGCUAUUAUUGCUUUGGAUUCGCUUUAUAGUUGCUACCAUUUAUUUAGAGCCUUCUUGGUAAAGGACGUGUAGUCCUGGAAUAUAGUUUUUCAGCGCACAACCGAGUUCGACUAUAUCCAUUGCCUCCGCG